CCUUGCGCCUGCGCGAUGCGACGCGACCGCUUCGCCGCCUCCCUCGGCCCCUCCCGCCACCUUCUUCAAACCUCCCGCCUCCGCACUUUCCUAUCCCGGAGGCCCGGCGCCUCCGGAAACACGAGACCCCGCCCCUCCCCACCCCGGGUCACCGGGCGACGUGAGCGACCGCAAGAGAGGCGCGUCGCGGCACCUCGGGGGCGGGGCCGAGGUCCGGCCAGCGUCUCCCCCCUCCCGCCGCCCUCUGUCGAAUCUGCGGCGGCCGUUGGGCCGUUAGCGCAGUUUGGGCGGUUGUCUUGGAGAAGCAAAAUGGCUGCGGCGACGGCGGCCGCGGCGGCGGCGGUGGUGGCGGCGGCGGCGGAGGAGGACACGGAGCUGCGGGACCUGCUGGUGCAGACGCUGGAGAACAGUGGAGUCCUCAAUCGGAUUAAGGCUGAGCUACGGGCAGCUGUAUUUUUAGCACUUGAAGAACAAGAAAAAAUAGAGAACAAAACACCUUUAGUGAAUGAAAGCCUGAAAAAGUUUUUAAAUACUAAAGAUGGUCGUUUAGUGGCAAGUCUUGUUGCAGAAUUCCUUCAGUUUUUCAAUCUCGACUUCACCUUGGCCGUCUUUCAGCCUGAAACUAGCACAAUUCAUGGGCUUGAAGCUCGAGAGAAUUUAGCCCGUGAUUUAGGAAUUAUAGAAGCAGAAGGCACUGUGGGUGGACCAUUGCUGUUAGAGGUAAUCAGACGAUGUCAGCAGAAAGAAAAAGGUUCAAUUACUGGGGAGGGAGGACUGGAUCUUUCCGAUAUACAUUCACCACCAAAAUCCCCAGAAGGAAAGAUGGCAGGCUGUCAUUCAGUACCAAGUAAGAUACCAAGGUAUAAAGGACAAGGUAAAAAGAAGAGAAGCGGGGAGAAGGCUGGUGAAAAGAAGAUCAUUGAUGCAAAUCAGAGUGAUACAAGUAUCUCCUCAUCAGAAAUAAAGACCAAAAGCCUUCAUCUUUUAGCCAGUGAAACAAAACUUGGUUCUUCCUUAAAUAAUAGAGCUUUGGAUGGCAAAGAUAAAACCGGUCGAUGUUCCCAUGAAGAUGACAUAGAUGGGGAUUCCUUCUUUGACGAUCCCAUUCCUAAGCCAGAAAAAAGUUAUGGUUGGAAAAGUGAAUCAAACAAGCAAGUAGGAAGCCUUGCGUCACUUUCUGAUGCACCACCAUUAAAAAGUGGACAUAGCUCGCUGACUGGAACACGUUUGCUAAAAGAAUCUGAAAAUACAAGGGGAAGCUCAAUAUUGAGGGAUCUGAAAAUGGUCAGUGAUAAAAUUGGAUCACUUGGAUUAGGAACUGGAGAUGAAGAAGAGUACAUGGAUGAUUUUAAUAGUACCAUAAGUCACCGCUCAGAGAAAAGUGAAAUAAGUAUUGGUGAAGAGAUAGAAGAAGACAUUUCUGUGGAACUAGAUGACGUCAAUAUCAAUGAUAAACUUGAAGACCUCACACAGGAUCUUACUGUUUCUCAACUUAGUGAUGUUGCAGAUUACCUAGAAGAUGUUGCAUAGACAUGAAAGAAGGAGGUAUUCUAAUAAAAUGGACUAAGGACUCUGAACAGUUACAUUUCUUUCAGACAAUCACACUUUGGAAUGUCUGCUUCCUGUUUGUGCCUUGUGUUUCAAAAAGACUGCAGAUAAAAAACAAAAAAACAAAAAACUGAUCAUUUCACAGCAUAUACUAAAUGAAAUAGUUCCAAUUUGAGCCCGUGUGGAGGAUUUUCUAUUCUUCAUUUGGUUAAAGUAUGCCUUUCACUGUGGAAGUUGGAUUUUCUCAGCACUUGUCCGUUGCAGGCAAUGGACAGAUGGAAUUACCAGUGUUAUGAGUGUAAUAGAAGAAAUCAGCAAAACUGUACCUUCACACAAAAUCAUGUAUGAGUGAGGGUGUGUGGCACUAUGAUAUUUUCAAAUAAUGGUUUUAGGCCUCAAAAGCAAGGACAUCUGGAGUUAAGGCUUAUCCACUCAAUUACACUUUGUUAUUGGUGAAAUUAUUCUGAGAAGUUACUUAAAGAAUUAUAUGAUAAAUCUAGUACUGAAAUACAUCAGGAUAAGUUAAGUUUGCUAAAUCAGCUUUAACUUUAUAUUUCCUUCCUUUUGGAAGGUUCGUUAGACCAUUAAGGUUAUCUUAAAUUACUUUUCUUUCUGCUUAUUAAUUUUAUUUUAUGGACAUUUAAUAAGUGGUUGAAGUUUUGAAUUCCUUGAGAUGGACAGUAUCACAUCUGUAUAUACAAUAGUAACACAAGUUACUGUUGAUGAAUCCUUGUCAGUGAGAGAAUCUUUGAUUUACAAACAGAAAAAUGUUCAAUAUAAUUGCAUUUUUGAAAAUUUGCCUUCUAAGAUAACCCAAACAAGUCUGAAACCACUAAACAGCUUUUUUUUUUUUUUUUUUUUUUUGCUUCAGACCUGUAAGUUGAUAUCUAAGUUUAAGUCCAAAUUGGAAAACAAAAUUAGUGAUGGCCUAAGACCACAUGAAUACUCAGUUUCAGACAGAAGCUUAUACUGUGCAUGUUUUCAUUUAACUCUAUAAAAACAGGGUCAGUAAUGGAGAUGCUGACAGUUUCAUUUAUACUGUCAUGCAUAAUGCUGCUAUUUAUAGGUCAUUGACAUUUGUAAUACUAAAGUCUUUUAAAUUGCACUUGAGCAUUGUUAAAAAAAAAUAAUUGGAAAUGAUAAAAUGCAGGUGAAUAUAAGCAGCUACAUUUAUGUUAAAUUUUUAUACUUCUUUAUUUCAUUUAAAUUAUGGUUAUUUUUUUGUCACCUUAAUAAAAGCAGCAUGCUAAACCAAAUACAUUAAUGUAAUAAAGAGGGGAGAUAAUACAUAGUUUACAUAAAGAUAACUGGUACUCUCACAUUGGCCCAAAUAUUUUAAAGUAAUAAUUUGUUGGAUUUAUAGUAUAAAAGGUGAUAACUACUUAUAGACUUUUCACUUGAUGGUAAUUACAUAUUAAAAUCUGGAAUUGAUUUUUUGUUUUUGUUCUUUUCUUCUUUUGUUUACUGAAAAUGAAGCCAAGCAAGAAUAUCAAGGAGAAAUAAAAAGGGGGAAAAAAAAACAAAAAUAAAACAGAUCACUGAUGAUGUUUAGGUCUGCUCUAGAUUUAUAAAGCAGUACCUCAAGGUAGUUAAGACCUUUAUAUUUUUGUGUAUUUGAAUCCUAUCAAGAGGACCUUUAAAUGGUACAUAUCUUGUAUGAAGAAGUACUCUACUGUAAAAAACUGUCCAAAUUACUUAUUACAAAUUACCUUUCAUGCUUUGUGUAACAUCUAUGAAACAAUGUGAAAUUUAAAUGGCUGUUGUAAAUUGUAACAUUUUUUUUUUGUUCUGCUCACCUGUGAAUUGUAUCAAAAAUAUUUUUAAAAAUCCUGAUUGAUAAUACUGAGAUUUCAGUGAAAUGUCCUAAAACUUUGUUAUAGGGAUGUGAUCUUUAUAAAAAUUAUACAAUUAAUUAUAAAUUGUUGAUUAGUAGCAUCUGAAAUAUGGCAUUUUCCUACCCUACCCAUUAAAGAAUCUGAAUUUCAGGUGGUAUUUGGGAAAAUGUGGGAGAAAAAUACCAAAUGGGGGAGAUCAUUUUGUGAUGCUAGUACUAUAUGCAUUUUGAGUAACUUUUAGUAACUUAAAAUUCAACUAUACUAUAAGGUUAUGGUGCUAGAUGGAGUCACUCUGUUUGAAAAAUAGAUUUACCUAUCUAAAUAAUGAUUAAGCUUUAAGAGUUAGAAUGUUAGGCCAGAAGAUUUUGAAUGUGAAAGGAUUUUUUAGACGCAUGUACAUGGAGAUAUUAUCCCAGGUAUUGUACUUUUUGGAAUAUAUUUUUAUGGGGUGAAACCAGUAUUCUGCAGUGGAAGUUUUCAUAUUUCAGGUCCUUCAUUAAUUGACAAAAAAUAAAAGUGCUUUUUUCUUCUUUAUGUUCUCUCAUCUUUAAAUAUUACUGUUAUGUCACUAAUUGGGUAAUUACAAGCAUAUUAAAAAAAUCAAGCAAAGGUAGACAAUACAUGCAAUAUGUCCUUUAUAUUAAAGCAUCUUGAAAUAACUGUAAAUUAAAGAAUAUAUUUCACAUAUUUCCCUCAUUUUCAGAACACUUAACCACUCCAAAAUUUCUACAUCCAAUUAGGUCAUCAUGGUCAAAUUCAUGUAAAGCCAAAUUAAAAACUACACUAGGCAAAGUACAUGGGUCCUUGUAUUCAUAGUAGCUGUUUAUGUAUGUAAGAUUGUCUACCAUGUUUCCAUACCUCAUUUUACUUUAGGAAGAAAAAGAAGCAUUCUUUUGUCUUUUUUGCUUCUGUAUCUUUUGUAUAAAGCAUUCCAGAAAAUAUUAUUAGGCUAAUUUUGUGUAUUCCUAUAUUUCUAUCAUAUCUUAUAAUGUAAGUUAUAAAGGGACCUUAGAUCCAGUUUCAUUUUACAAUUGAAAAAAUUAAGUAAAAAAAAAAAAGUGAUUGGAGUUUUUAACUCAGAUUGUCCCUGGCAUAUUUUCUCCUAUAACCUAUAAUAUCUUCAUACUAGGAAUUGUUUUUCCUAGUAAUAUACUUUGCCUAUACCAUCUCACCUCAUUCUGUUUUUCGUUCUUCUGAAACUUCAAUUUUUAAGUAGAAGAGUAUUAAAUAUUAUCCUUAUCACUUCCCGAUCAUGGCUUCCAGCUUACCUCUGUUGAUAAAGCCAUAGAGAUUUUACUUCUGAUAAAAGUUCCAGGGCAAGUUGAUGUUAGCUAUUGAUCAUCUGACUGUGUGCCGUGUGGUGUUUAUGUAUGUUUGAGGAUCUGACAAAUGCUGAUGCCAGAAAGAAUGGCAAAGAGAACAUUGCUAUUGCCUGGGAAAGGGCAUGGAGGCUUAGAGGUCUUGGCUGCCAGUAGAAUAACACCAUAUACUAACAGCACUCUACUCCUUUCCAGGGAAUGGCAGCUUGUUACUUUUACCAGUGACAGUGUCUGGAGAUGCUUUUUCUUUUUCUUUGCCACCACUAUCAGCAAUAAGAGCACUACAUUGAAACUAUGAUAAGAUCUUCCCCCACUCCGUGUUUUGGUUUUCUUAGGAGCAAAAAGGAGUGCACAUGAGAAACUUUGGAGAUGGGGCUGGGAGAGAAUGAAAAGAAUUGUUUGGAAGUCAUAGCCUCAGGGCUGCCGCAUUUGAGAGGAAAGAAGUCUGCCCAUGUUCACAAAGAUAACUGAUACAAAAUAGUAAAACACUGGUA